AUGCAUGUUAUGGUUGAUCCAUCUGAAGUUAAACGCUUUCUUCUAUUUCUUAAACUUUACGGCAUCAGUCAUGAAGUUCUUAUUGCUAAUGUGCAAAGCAUAAUUGACACUGAAACAGAGGCGAAUGCUAGAUACUCAAAUACUUUUGGUUGGAAGCGUUACAAUACCUUGGCUGAGAUUGAAACUUGGUUGGAUGGCAUACUAGAGAAAUACUCGAAUGUGACUGAAGAAUUUGUAGUAGGAACAUCCUACGAAGGACGCACUAUACGAGGCAUAAAGAUCUCCUACAAAGAGGGCAAUCCGGGAGUCAUUAUUGAGUCGAAUAUUCAUGCCAAUGAAUGGAUCACUUCGGCCACAGCAACUUGGUUCAUCAAUGAGCUGUUGAGCUCGGAGAAUCAAGUAGUCAGAGAACUGGCUGAGAAUCACGAUUGGUAUAUUGUGCCUGUGUUGAAUGUGGACGGGUUUGUUUACAGUCACGAAAAGAAUCGCAUGUGGCGCAAAACGCGUCAACCUUCGAAUUUCUCAAGCUGCAUUGGCGUUGAUCCCAAUCGCAACUACGAUUCGCAUUGGAUGCAGAAUGAUGGCGCCUCUGAUGAUCCCUGCUCUCAGGUUUAUGGAGGACCUCAUGCUUACUCUGAGCCAGAAAUAAAAGCCAUGUCUGAGUUUAUAUUUAGUAUCAAGGAUAAAGUGAAUGUUUUGCUAGCUUUUCAUUCAUAUGGUCAAGUGCUGCUCUCUCCCUAUGGCCACACAGCUGAAGAAUUCCCAGAGAACUACGAAGAUCUAAUGCAGGUGGCCAAAGCAUAUGCCGAUGCAGUUGGAACUCUUUCCUAUGGCAGCGUAUUUCAAUAUGGUUCCGUAGCCAGCGUUCUUUAUCAAGCAACUGGCGCUACAAAUGAUUGGGCUUAUGAACAGGGUAUUUUAAUAUCCUACACAAUUGAGUUUCGGGAUUCUGGUAAUUUUGGUUUUGUGCUUCCGCCCGCUUUUAUUUUACCCAAUUGUGAGGAAACUUUGACUGGCAUUAUUGCGUUGCUUGGCGAGUGCCAAAAAUUGGGCUAUCUAGAUGCUAAAUAAAUAAAUUGCUCAAUAAAUUCAUUAAGAUUGCUUUCACGAUAAAAAACUAGAGUUUA